ACCUAUGUUUUCUGGUGGAAUUUUUUUUUGAGUUUAAGCUCACCACUAAAGACAGCUCCUCCAAUGCACGUUGACGUUGUCUCCAUUUACACUAACUCUCCAAAACCCUUGAUCUCAUAAAAUUACCCCUUUAAUUUCUUCAUCAAAUUGAUUUACAAGAAAAAGAUGCUAUGUUCUGGUCGAAUUCUAGCUAUUUCUCACUCCACCACGCGGUUUGAUUCAUCGGGAUCGAGGCGGUAUCCACACAAACAGCUCCAACCCAGGAUCAAAUGGCGCUCCAAGGCGUCGGACGCCGGCUCCUCCUCUUUUUCUUCCUCGGAUGAUAAGACUUCCGUUCCGUUUUGUAUAAUAGAAGGGCCCGAGACUGUUCAGGAUUUCGCGAAAAUGGAAUUACAGGAGAUUCAGGAUAAUAUCCGAGGUCGAAGAAAUAAAAUAUUUUUGCUAAUGGAGGAGGUUCGUCGGCUUAGAAUACAGCAAAGAAUAAAAAACACCGAGCUUGGAAUUGUAAAAGAAGAGCAAGAAAAUGAGCUUCCAAACUUCCCAUCUUUCAUUCCGUUCUUGCCUCCUCUGAACUCCACGAACCUUAAGCAGUACUAUGCUUCUUGUUUUUCUCUUAUUGCGGGGAUCAUGCUUUUUGGUGGACUUCUAGCACCCACUCUGGAGCUAAAACUUGGAAUCGGAGGGACUUCAUACAGUGAUUUUAUCAGUAGUAUGCAUCUUCCAAUGCAAUUGAGUCAAGUUGACCCCAUUGUGGCUUCGUUCUCGGGUGGAGCAGUUGGAGUAAUAUCUGCUUUAAUGGUGGUGGAGAUAAACAAUGUAAAGCAGCAGGAGCAUAAGAGAUGCAAGUACUGUCUUGGUACAGGAUAUCUUGCAUGUGCUCGUUGUUCAAGUACUGGGUCUCUUGUUCUUAUAGAACCAGUCUCAAAGUUUAAUGGUGGGGAUCAGCCACUGUCACCACCUAAGACAGAGAGGUGCUCCAAUUGUUCGGGGGCAGGAAAGGUAUGUGCUCAGGGCUUCAGCUUUACAUUUCUUUUUUCUCAUGGCAAUGCCUUGGUUUCUGUUAUGAGAUGGGCUAAAUGGACUGCUUCAACAAUAAAAGGGUUGACAUUCUUGACCAUAAAUAUCUUACUAAUUGUUAAGACUUAAGAUAAAAUGUUCAGUUUUAUUGUUAUAAUCGUAGUACGCCUAGAAGCUACAGCGAAGGUAUGUACGUCCCCUUUAUUCGUCAAAUGCAUUAGAUUCCCUUAACCCAUUGAUGUGAAUCUCCGCAAAUAUAUGGUUUAUUGUCAAGACUCAAAUUCAUCUGAUUGAUAAUCCUUUAUGUAGUAUUUUAAUAUACUUUGAGGUAUGUGAUAUUUUAAUAUCAUUUGGGGGCGUUUAUUUUGAAGGAUUAGCCUUGAUAGAUAAAAAUAGUAAGGUUAAUUCUUUAUUUACUUUGAUAGAUUGAAACUUUAGGAUAUUCCAAGUCCCUUGAUUAUUUCUAUUAUUUAAGCUAGUUUUGCUUGAUUCUUAUCCCAUGAAAAAAGUGGGAUUGGAAAAAUCCUACUCUUGAGGAUAAAAUUACUCAAUCAUGCAUAUAAUCAGUCAUGCAAAGUAAACGCCCCCUUCAUGUGAUAUUUUAAUAUACCCAAAAUUGUUCUCUUUGAUUAAUAAAUUUAUCAUGAGAAAAUGAGGGAUAACAAAAAAAAUUCUCUUUAAAUCCCUUUCUUUUCCCGUUAAUUUUAUCAUUUCUCAUUCCUCAUUUUCACUUCAAAGACAGACAAUUUUAUCACGCCUAAAAUGGAGGGAUAAUAUUAUCCUUGCUUCGAGUGAAAAGAAGGAAUGACUAAUGAGAAAUGGUUUGAAUUCUCUUUUGUAGAAAAGGAGGGGGAAAGAAGGAAUUUAAAGGAAGAAAAAUUUGUUAUUUUCAUUAUAAAUUUGUCUUUUGAUAGUGAUAAAUAAAAUCUAGAUAAAUAAUAGUAUGAAUGAGGUGGUAGCUAAUUUAGUUUGAUAUAAAAGAUACAACUAUAAAUUUUAAUUAAAGCCAGAUACAACUAUAAAUUAAAUUCUUAUAUCCCAAGUCAUUACAUGUGGUGAGAGUUGGUGCUGGAACUUUUGCUUCUUGGCCAGUCACAUUGAAGUGCACAAGGAAUCAUCCCCAACUGUAGUAUUUAAUCAUAGCAUAGCACCGUAAAAAUAUUUUAUCAUCAGUGGAAAUCUUUUUCUAAAUGAAGUUCCAUGCAUGUCCAAAAUUAUGUUUCUCUUUCUUCUGUCCUGACAUGGUGAACACGUACCAAAUGCAGUUUGUCUCAUGUCUCUUUUCGCAGGUCAUGUGCCCUACGUGUCUAUGCACGGGGAUGGCUAUGGCGAGUGAGCACGAUCCAAGGAUUGACCCCUUUGACUAAUUUCUCGGUGGUACGAGUGCUAAUGUGAAUCUUUUCAUCCACCACAUGUUGCUCCUAACCUCUUCUCAGAUAUAUCAACCAUUGUGUUAUGUGAGGGUCACAACCUGCAGUGACUCGUCGGACUCGUAAGAUUAUGAAACAUGCUCUCGCAUUAUAGUUGAAAGCCCUAACUCGUGAGCUUCAUUAGGAAGUUCCGAUACAAAUGUAUUGACUGUACAUGUGUGGUGGUUGAAACUUGAAACACAAUUAGCUUGUUGUA